GACCGGCCUCCCCCUCCAGCCCCCCGCCUAUCUCCUCGCCUCAGCCCAGCCUGCGUUUUCCGAGCUGUGCUGCGAGCAGCGUCAACCAGACUCCUCCGCUCCAUAGGCAGCAAGUAGUAGGAGCGGCCUCCGCCAUCACCGCCGCCGCCGCCGCAACAGGGACCCGGCACCAUGGCUUCUGGAGUCACAGUGAAUGAUGAAGUUAUCAAGGUUUUCAAUGCCAUGAAAGUACGAAAAUCUUCAACGCCAGAAGAGAUUAAAAAACGAAAGAAAGCAGUUCUCUUCUGUUUAAGUGAUGACAAAAGACAAAUAAUUGUAGAAGAAGCAAAGCAGAUACUAGUUGGUGACAUAGGUGAUACAGUGGAGGACCCUUAUACAUCUUUUGUGAAGCUGUUACCUCUGAAUGAUUGCCGAUAUGCUUUGUAUGAUGCAACAUAUGAAACAAAGGAAUCUAAAAAAGAAGACCUGGUAUUUCUAUUCUGGGCUCCAGAGAGUGCGCCUUUAAAAAGCAAGAUGAUCUACGCAAGCUCAAAAGAUGCCAUUAAAAAGAAAUUCACAGGUAUUAAACACGAGUGGCAAGUAAAUGGGUUGGAUGAUAUUAAAGAUCGAGCAACACUGGGAGAGAAACUAGGAGGCAAUGUGGUAGUUUCACUUGAAGGAAAACCCUUAUAAAAGGACAGACAAGUGCCAUCUGGAGCUUCCAUUUUUGCAGCUCAUUCAAUUGGAAUAGCAUUAGUUCCUUUUGCCCCACCUUCCCAGAUCCCAAAUACCUGAAGGAGACGUCAUUAAACAGUCUAUAAGUGGUCACUAUUAGACUGUUUUUAAACCUGAUAGUUUAUGUAGAAUCCAAGGAAUGCCUCACAUCAUAUUCUUAGCCAAAACUGAUGUGGGCAUUCCUUGCAAAUAUGUACAGUGAAUGUGAUAGUUGAUGUGGAUAGUCUAGCCAAGCAACAAAAGGUUUAAGCUAAUUGAUUGCCUUUACAGUAUUGUCCAACGGUCAAAUGGUAGACUCUAUUCAGUAUUACUUUACAGUUGCACUUGAUCGCAGUUCCAUGAGGCUCUUGUGCAUUCAUACACCUCACCUGCCUUGACAAGCCUUUUUUGUGACAUGGCAGCACUCAACACUAUGCAUUUAAAUUAAAGCACUUUUUGUAAUAUGUUUUAUUUCCCCUUUCCCAAGGAAUGCCAAUUAAGUUUCUGUAAUUGUCAUCAAACUGUUGCAGUACCCCAGUCUUCAUUCCUGUUACAUGCAUAUCUUUAUAAAUGAAGUAGCUGUUAAUGAUGCCUUUUUGUUUUUCUGUUGAAUGUACACUACUGAACAGGAGUAGGAACUAUCUGUUUACCAUGCAAGUCUUGCAACACUAAUGAUGUUUUGUAAAACAUCAAUCAUAAUGGCAAUUUCUGUAUAAAAAGAGCCUUAAAUGGAACAUUGUUUUUGAGAUCAAAUAUAUUAGCCACGUUGCAAUAAAACUUGUGGCUUAUUACAGAA